CCGCGGGAGGAGGCGGGAGCUGAGGAGGCGGCGGAGGGGGUGGGUCGCGUCCGGCGCCACGUCCGCAGCCAGAGGCCGCUACUGCCGCCGUCGCCAACGGAGUCUUCUGGCUCCAAAGCUUGAGGAGGCGCCUCUGGAGCCCGCAACUGCUCAGGGCUGUGCCAGCCGCUCAAGCAACUGCAGCCGUCCUCGGUGCUGCCCGCCUCCUCUGCCCAGCCCCGGCUCCAGACGCCGACCCUCGACCCCGGAGGAUAUCCAUUGGUGUGGGUGCUCUUAAGAACUACCAGGAAUAUUGAUAUCACAUCAACAGGAGAUCAUGAAUCAGGCAGAUAAAAAUCAAGAAAUCCCAUCAUACCUUAGUGAUGAACCACCAGAAGGUUCAAUGAAAGAUCACCCACAGCAGCAACCAGGCAUGUUGUCCCGCGUGACUGGGGGUAUCUUCAGUGUCACAAAGGGAGCCGUUGGUGCCACUAUUGGUGGAGUGGCUUGGAUUGGUGGGAAGAGUCUGGAGGUGACCAAAACGGCUGUUACAACUGUGCCUUCCAUGGGAAUUGGGCUGGUGAAAGGGGGCGUGUCUGCUGUGGCUGGAGGUGUUACAGCUGUUGGGUCUGCUGUUGUAAACAAAGUGCCCUUAACAGGAAAGAAGAAAGACAAAUCUGACUAAACUAUGGAGAUACACUUGCUCUCCACAGCAUUAUGAUGCCAGUGGCAUUGAAUUGCUAAAUUACGGACUACAACCAAGUCACCUGUUUGGACGUUUAUCUUCUAAACUGCUGUGUUGAAAGUAUUGAUGACUGGCUCUUGUCUAAAAAGAAGAGACCAAUACUAGCACAGUGUAUGAAGGUUUCUCAUACUUAAAUUCCAGCUUUUUAUCUGGUAAAAUGUUACACUUAUUCAGUUGUAACUGAAGAUAUGGUAUAUUUGAAUAUUUACUAUAAGUCUUUCAGUUUAACUAAAAAAUGUGAAAGUUGAAUUUAGUUGAUGAUCUUUACAGUUCCAUAUGUAUAAUGUGCCAGGUAACUCAUUUGCCCCUUAAGAAGGGAACCUUGAACUACAUAAACUGUACCUUUGAUGUGCCUAGUAGUUUCAGAUGUCUGUUUUUUUUUUUUUAUAACCGUAGUUGAUUAGGCCAAGAGGCAUUCUUUUCUUUUUUAAGCUGGUAAGAAGCAGGAAUUAGAGAAAUUUAAGAGAAAAAUGGUUUUAUGAUACUGAGUGUUAACCAUCUUUUGUUAGAUAUGCAUUAUAUUAAUUUAAUCAUUGAUGCCUUAUAAAAGAAAACAUCUUUUAUAACACCCUAAAUAUGUGCAGUUCUUAGAACUAUAUAUGGAUUCUUUUAAAAGUUGUUUGUGAAAUCUCAGGAGUAGUGGGGUAAAGGCAUUUCUUGCUCUCAGCGGAUAAGAUAGUUUUUAGUAACUUUUUGUUAACUGUCAGUAUAGCUAAUAGCCAAACCAUACGCUUCAUCCUGGUUUCAUGCUCCAUCUUCAGUACACCUCACAGUGCCUAAGGAACAUUUCUUUGCUGGUCAUGAGCUAUCUUGGAAGAGUUUCAUAUUAAGGAGGAACAAAUAAUUUUAAGUUCUUAAUCAUUUGAAGCAUCCAGGAUACAAAAAGUACUCUUCACACCAGUUUGUCAAUAGGAUGGCUUAAAAUGUUAGUGUCCCCUUCUAAAAACACAGGAUAAGCGGCCACAAAUAUGGGGGGGCUUUUAAAUUGAAUGAAAUGGGCUCCACUGAUUAGUUUUGAAUGUAAAAUAGAUUUAAGUGCUUUCAGUGGCUUAUAGGAUUUCAAAACGUUAUCUUACAGUCCUUUGAAAAAAUUGUAGACUUUGUACCAUUUCCAUGUCAACUGCAGGCAGGGAGUUGAAGUUUUUGAUGAUGGAUGGUAAGUGUGUCAUGUCUUCUUAACAUGUCUCAUCAUGUCUCAUUCAUUCUCAAAGAAUAUGACUUAGCUUGGAUUCAUCUUUUUAUUUCAUAUUCAGUUUCAUAAAAAAUUUAAAAGUAGCACAUAUACUUGGCAUUCUUAUUAGCUAAGGGUUAUUAUCCAAGCCUGAAAAAAAUCUUAGUUUUGUUUAUACUUAAGUCUGGAAAUUUGCCCCCAUUUUUCAGACGUGUGUGUAUGUGUGAGGAAGGAAAGGAGGUGAUGCUCUAGAGUAAAUAAGUCAGAACACAUCCUUGAGAACUUGGAUCACUCCCGCACCUACAACUUAAAUGUUUGUUUCUAAACCACUGGGAGUUUUACAUUACUAAUGUGGAACAACAGAUAGCUAACUUUUAAAAGCUUUUAUAAAGGCCAGUGGGAUCUUCAGCAAACCUACAAAGUUUCUUGAACCUACCACUAUAUACAAAACUGAAAAGUUGUUGAGUUCAUCAGAAAUUAAAUGGUCGUUUGUUUCAUGCACCAUGAUUUAAGGUGUAUUUGUUGGUAUAUCUGGUCAAAUCAGAAAAGGGAUUUUUCAAAGAAACUCCAAAGUUUAUAGGUGAACACAAAACAGUGAUCUAAAUAAUGGUAUUGGAGAAUUUGUUUCCUGCUAUUUGAAAGAAAUUAUUGCUUCAUUGCUAGUUUAUAUUUCUAAUUUAUCUUCUAUAGUCAUAGGCUCUGCUGUGCUUUUAUACCUGAAUUUCUAAAUACAGACUUUACUGUGUGCUUGCACAUUUAUUUUCAACUUUGUUUUUAAAAUUGCUUGAGGAAAAAUGGUUGUAAUUUCUGCCACAGAAGAGCCACCCGGUACAUUUUCUCUCAUCAAGUUUGUUUUAAACUCAAAACUAACUUGAUUCAGGAGAGGCUUUUGCAAGGAUAGCAGAAAACUGUACAAAUGAGCAGCUAGUCAGAGAGGUUCUUGUUGAAAUGAACUUGCCAUUUGAUGGCAUGUAUGGCUGUAUACUUGAGUCUUUUCCAGUUUAUUUUCGUAGACUUAGCAGUUUGACCUGUGAAGCAGUUCCCUUCAAGAAGCAAAGGCCGACAUAGACACCUGGAGGCACCUGGUGUUCAGUCUCUCCUUUGAGUGGGUCAUUUGGCACAGUGGGGAUACAUCUGUGUGACCCACUUGAACUGACCUAAUAAUGUUGACAUCACGAAUCCUGUACUUAGUGAAAUGUCAGAUGAAGGUAACUGGUGACUGAAUAAAAUUUUGUUUGUAUUGAAGGAAUGGGAAAGAAUACAUAAAUCUGUUAAUAAAGCAUUAUGAUCUGCAAAAGAUAAAAUGUUUCAUAAACAUCUGAGGAAAUAAAGAAAAUUUAAAGGAAAAA